AAAAAAACGGCGCCCUGUUGCCAUAGUGACCCGUAAACUUUGCGGUUAAAAGCAAGUUAAAGUGAUUUCUCUACAGGAUAAACUGAUAUUUACACACACUGAGAGUUGGAGUUACAGGGGAAAUUUAAAAUGUCUUUAUCCAGGACUCAGAGUCUCAGAAUGGCAGCUGCAUUACAGGACUGUUCAUCCAAGCUGGACAUAGUGAGACUGAAGAUGCAGCUCAGCAGGGAGCCAGCUGCACAGGAGAAGGUCAGGCUGGCCAAGCUGACAAGAGAUUGUCAGUACGUCUCACUACAGAUGUCCAAGCUGUGUUUGGAGCUGGAGGAGAAGCAGAGUUUCAUCUCUCUGCUGCAGGCUGUGGAGGAAGAGCAGAAGCAGAAGGCUGAUGUCAAGAGAAGAGAGGCAAAGACAGAACUGAAGUAUAGAGUACAGGCUCUACAGACACAACCGGAGGAGUUACAAAUAAAAACUGACAAACUGAAGGACAUGGACUGCCUUUGCAGAGACAUGAAGAAACGGCACAAAGAGCAGUCAAAGAUUGCCGACAAAAAGAAGGCUGAGGAGAGAACUGCUGAGCUGCAGCUCCAGCUGAGACAGAAAGAGACGUGUCAGGCAGAGAAACUGCUGGAGGACCAGCUGGAGCUGCUGCAGAAACAGUUGAAGGAGGAGAUUAUGUUUCACCAGGAAUCUGAGAAAUUCCUGCAAAAUCAGCACGAGGAGCUGAAGCAGCUGUUGGAUGAGUGGGAGCAGCGUACAAAGCGAAUGCUGCAGGAGAAGGAGAAGCAGCUCAACACUGUGUGCUGCAAGAAAACGCUGAACUUCGACAGACUAAUGGAGAUGAAGAGGCAGUUCAAGGAGAUGGAGCAGGUGGCGAUGGAGGACAGGGAGGAGCAGAAGAAACUGCUCCAAAAGCAGGAGGAGGUCAGAGCUGCUACCAAGCUGCAGGCCUGGUGGAGAGGCUGGAUGGUCCGCCGAGGCCUCGGCAGUUUUAAAAAAGCAGAGGAAAACAAGAAAGGCAAGACAAAGAAGGAAGGAAAGAAGAAAAAGAAGAAGUGACUUUGCACUGCAGUGCUGCUUCCUGAUAGUGGCAAAAUGUACAGAAUUUAAUUACAAUAAACACUAAUGAUACAAGUGAAA